AUGAAGGAUGUUUGUCGCAACAUGCUGACGUUUAAAUUGACCAGACGACAAGCAGGAAGAGACGCGUGUCAAGCAGACCAAAACCCUCUAAACCCUCGGACUUCCCUCUGCUAUUUAGAGUCCAACCAGCCCACGUGGAUCGCGCUCGAUGCUCCUGACAGGAUGGCACGUGUCCUCUUGUUAGUGGGCGGUCUCCUCGCCAUCAUGGCCGUUCAAGUGGCAGCCAAGUCUGCGAUGAAUCCGAACUUCACCUAUAGUUUCUGGCGCGACGUGAAGAAUCCCAACCAAUACUACGCGCUCUCACUGGGCUGGCGCCUCACCUUCCCCAAGCACGUGUCCCGCAAAGUCGCCACGCAAUGCGCGUCACUCGUGACGUCAGUCCACCGCCCGUUCGAGCACGGCUGGGAGCAGGACCAUCGCGUAUACAACAAGGGCGUCGAGAAGGGCUGGAUCCUCAGCCGCAACGCGGCCGGUUUCACCGCGCCAAACCUCGACGCCGAGGCUUGCCUUAUGGACGUUCUGCGGCACACUUAUCCGACGCUCGAGAUUGCUCUGCUGUGCGCGCUGACCGUCGGAUGGUUGGCUGUCGCGGUAGUGGUUCUCUGCGUGGGGGGCUGCUGCGCGGGCGUGCUCGCGCUGGGUAGCGAAACGUGGGACGCGCGCAAACGCGCGCGGCAGCAGCAGUAUCCGCAGACCCCGGUCGGUGUGAAGCCGUUCGCACCGGCUGGAUAUACACGGGAACCAUAUUAUGCCCCUGGUGCUGGCAGGGUGUGA